AUGGCCAACCCUGCUGUCGAGUUCGCGGAGGCAGAAGUGAGACGAGCGCUCGUCACCAUCCAGCACACUGCCACUGAGGUGGCAAACACCCCCACGCUGGGCCUCUACUACGUCAGGGAGCACAUCCGGGCGUCCCUCCCGCUGGUGGUGGCCAGCCGGCAGCAGCUGGCCGAGGCCCAGCAGGGCUUGCAAGACGGCCUGUAUGCGGCAAGAGGCGCCGAGGAGUUUGCGAGCACCCUGUCGGCGGUCCUGCCCGGAGCCCUGGAGCGCCUGCAGGCCGCCCUGACCCAGGCCAUCGGCACCGCUGCGGCUGCUGCGCCUGCCAGGAGCACUGACGCCUCCACCCUGGCCCGCUCCCUGGACCGCCUAGGUCUGAGGAGCGGGGCCCCUUUGUCCCCAGCUAGCAAGGGGGAGGGCCUGGUCUGA